AUGUCGUACAUCGACGAACGAGGAAAUAGAGGCGAGUCAUACGAUGGCGACUUCCACAACGCCUAUCGCUCCAUGUUUGCUCCCAAACCUGGAAGCAUAUGGCGGAAACAUUCUCGACAAAGAUCUGAACGCGAUAGGUCGCAAAACAGACUAGAACACGUGCAAGGGCCAAGCUCAGAUGGAGUCGAUGGACGGUGGCCAGGGGAGGUAGACAACAAUCCGGAUUCCCGCCCGACUAAUUACCGAUCUAUUAGCACGCCAAGCGGUGGAUAUGGCGGCCGGCUAUGGUCCGACGAUGUGACCCGCUCAUACAACACGGCUGGAAGCCCGAAUGGCUCCUUGCCACGCAGGCAUAAGUUGAGUUUUUCAAGCAACAUAUCAGGUGACCAAGCACGCAAUCGCUAUGCCAAGUCACAUAACUUCAAUUUUACUUACGGCCGCGAGGGGAGGGGAGGCAAUUUCGUGGGUGACUACCCCUUUGACUCCUCCGACGAGAGCUCCGCACCGACCACCGCGAACGGCGGGAAACGGUAUAUUGGCGUGAGGAAGAAGCCAGUUGUAUCGGAGAGCUCCGACGGCUGCUUCACUAGCAGAGACUUUGCAACGUGGCUGCCUAACCGGGGAGGCGGGGACAGUCACUCCCAGCACCUUUCCAACGCGGCGUAUUCCACUCCACGCAGCGAUACAGGGAGCAGUACAAAUGCUUCUAACAUGACUACACGGAUCUCAACGCAGAUAAAGCUGGGAUUCCAGAAGGUGAAGUCGUUCUUGAGCAAUGCAUUUCAGAAAAUUAAGGAUCACCUCACCCCUAUCUGCUCCGGAGAUCACUGGCGAUCACGCCGCACUAAUCGCACCGAUAUUAAGGUGGAACGUACCAACGAGCCGCUUUUGGAGUGUGACACCUACAGCCGUUCCUUUGAAGAGGGCCGCUGA